AUGAGUAGAUUGGAGGACGUGGAGUCGAAGACUCAGGUUGAGUUCGUGGAGAGUUUGAGCGACAAACCUGGUGACCCGGCCACUACUGAUUAUGGGACUAUUAAUCUUUUUCAAGAUGGAUCUAUUGUUCUUGUCCCUACCCCGAGCAGUGAUCCCAAAGAUCCCCUGAAUCUACCGACUUGGCACAAGUACCUGAUAAUUUUCCUUGUCGGAGUAUACAGCGCUAUUGCUGUCCUAGGAACCUCUGGUCUUGGUGCUGUUAUGCCCUCAGUCAUGAAGGCCUACCCCAACGAUGAUCCGGCCCGCGUAACCGAUCUCGUGACCUAUCCAACUCUCUUCAUGGGUAUCGGUAACCUUAUAUCCAUGCCUCUAACGCUGACAAUUGGUCGCCGGCCUGUCUUCCUUUUUUCCCUGCUCCUUCUUAUCAUCACUGGCUUUUGGUGCGCUUAUUCCACCAGCCUCACCAGUCACAUUGCUGGCCGGAACCUCUUCAGCAUGGCGGCAGGCCAAAGUGAAGCUCUUGCGCCUUUUAUCGUCGAAGAAAUUCAUUUUCUCCAUGAGAGGAGUAGCAAGCUGUCGUGGUUCAUUGGCGUCCAAACUGUCGGUACCGCCGUCUUGUUUGUUAUGACAACAUACGUUGUCCCGCCUUUUGGCUUGAAGUGGUGGUAUCUCAUCAUCACUUUCUUGGUCAUCGCUACACUCAUCCUUUCCAUCUUCUUCGUGGUUGAGACCAUGUACGAACGCAAAGUAGAUGAGCAUGACGGCGCUCCAACCGAUGAGAAGCCCAUGGCUGGCAAGAGACGCGAACUUCGACCAGAUAUCUACGGCCCACGCUCUCUACGUCACAACUUGAAAGUUUUCCACCACAAACCAAUCUGGUCCCGAGUGACUGACUUCUACAUUGACACUGGAAAGGGCUUUUUUAUCCCUACCAUAUUCUGGAUUCUGCUCUUCAACGGUGCUUUCUUGGGCGUCUACAUCUACCAGGCUUCUACGUUUGCUGUCAUUCUCACACAACCGCCGUACAAGUUUGCCUUUGACGUGCUCGGAUGGGUUCAGAUCUUCCAAAUUGCGGUUGUCAUGGUUUUAAUCCCACUCUUGGGCUAUGGCACUGACCGCUUCUCCAAAUGGAUGAGUAAGAGAAGCGGCGGCAUCUUCAAGCCCGAGUUCCGACUUCUAUCUCUUAUAUUUCCAACUGUAGCAACAGUGUUGGGCUGUGUCAUCUAUGGCCAGGCUGGUGCUCAUCCUUUCCAGUACCACUGGAUGGGAAUUGCAGCCCCCUUUCACAUGUGUUAUCUGGGUUUCUUGACUGCUAACCUGAUUGGUAUCACCUAUGCGGUCGAUGCUUUCCCCCAAAAGGCGGGUGCCUUGCUAAUGGUUAUCUGCGUCGGUCGAGGGUUCAUCUCUUUUGGUCUGAGUUACUCUACUGUUCCAGCCAUCAAGGCCACUGGCUAUGAUGGCGCCAUGAAUAUUUUAGCUGGUAUCAUCGGCGGUCUCAUGGCUCUAGGUAUACCGAUUUACUUUUUGGGCCCUCGCAUUCGCAAGUGGGCUGUCAGAACCUUGUGGCCAGGGCUUACUGAAGCGAAGUAG